CUGCAAUUAUGAUCAAAGACCAGCGGUAUUAGCAGACAGACUUAACGUUUCUCCUGUUUAGAGGCAACCAUUCUUAUACAGUUUAUUGUUAGUGAAAAAAACAACAAAUAACAACAACAACACAUUAAACUUUGUUUCUUCGUUCAGCUAAGCAGACAUAAAAUUUUGAUAUGCCCAGUGGGUUUAUUAAAACGUUCCAAACUUUGGCCGAUCUCAUUGUAUCAUAACGCGUUAUUCUGUGGCCGAGUUAAGUUGGUGAAUGGAAAACUCUCAUAACAUGUUGUCAUCGCUUCCUAGUGUUCUGAUACUGUUUUUUGCAGGUACGACAUCAUUUCAUGUUUAUAAGAUGUUCCACGAUACUGUGAUAUAUGUUUUUAUAGGUACGAUCACGUCAUCAGGAUUCAGAGAUUUAUUUUUAUAAUUGAGCUGCUAAAAUGCGCAUGAACAAUGUCUAAACUAAGGAUGGUGAAAACGAUUCGGAAAUUUUAAUUAGCAGCUUCUACACAAAGACGUCCUAGAAUAGAAGACACGACACAAGAUGCUAUAUGUGAAAUGAAGGCAAUAUAUUUUCGAGAUACUUCGAAAUAUGAAAUAAUAAGCUCUAUGAAAAUAUAAAUAACAUGCAUAGUUUAAUUAUAUUUAAUUUAGAAAGUAAGAUAUCAAGAUGUAUUUUGUUAAAAUCCCAAAUCAAAUAUACGAUUUUGAAAGAAAACCGUCCACAUUAAGAAUACUUUUUUUUUAGCAGAGAAGUUAUAAAAAAAUAAAAUUUUGAAUAUUUACAUGGCAAAGACCGUUCGUUGUCUUUUAAAACGGUUAAGUCUCAUAUUAAGUCUUUGUUUUAUAAAUUCACUAAACGCUCAUAACUACUUUUCUCGUCUCCAAAAUGUGUAAAAAAAAUUAAAAAAUGUAAAGUAAAGUAAAUUUUGUCAUUUUAUUUUCAGCCAUUUCGACAGCAGCUGUACCUGGCAGGACAUUCAAGAGGAACACGGACCCAUUGGUCGACAUCGUGCCGUUAUCUCCUGGCUGGACUGAGACGUCAUCUGUGUCAUGUGUUGCGAGAUGUGCACGAGAGUUUCUGACCUGCCGUAGCGCUCUGUUUAACAAGGUCACCAGACACUGUACGCCUGGUGAGUCGAUGUCAUUUUAACAAGGGCACCAGACACUGUACGCCUGGUGAGUCAAUGUCAUUUUAACAAGGGCACCAGACACUGUACGCCUGGUGAGUCGAUGUCAUUUUAACAAGGGCACCAGACACUGUACGCCUGGUGAGUCGAUGUCAUUUUAACAAGGGCACCAGACACUGUACGCCUGGUGAGUCGAUGUCAUUUUUACAAGGCACCAGAUACUGUACGCCUGGUGAGUCGAUGUCAUUUUAACAAGGGCACCAGACACUGUACGCCUGGUGAGUCGAUGUCAUUUUAACAAGGGCACCAGAUACUGUACGCCUGGUGAGUCGAUGUCAUUUUAACAAGGGCACCAGACACUGUACGCCUGGUGAGUCGAUGUCAUUUAACAAGGGCACCAGACACUGUAUGCCUGGUGAGUCGAUGCCAUUUUAACAAGGGCAACAGACACUGUACGCCUGGUGAGUCGAUGUCAUUUUUACAAGGCACCAGAUACUGUACGCCUAGUGAGUCGAUUUCAUUUUAACAAGGGCACCAGACACUGUACGCCUGGUGAGUCGAUGUUAUUUUAACAAGUUCACCAGACACUGUACGCCUGGUGAGUCGAUGUUAUUUUAACAAGUUCACCAGACACUGUACGCCUGGUGAGUCGAUGUUAUUUUAACAAGUUCACCAGACACUGUACGCCUGGUGAGUCGAUGUUAUUUUAACAAGUUCACCAGACACUGUACGCCUGGUGAGUCGAUGUUAUUUUAACAAGUUCACCAGACACUGUACGCCUGGUGAGUCGAUGUUAUUGUUGUUUUUUUUUAUUGGUAGAAUUCUGAAUGCCCAGUAAUUUGAUUGUCUUAAAUAUGUCAUCCGCUGAUUAUUUUUAACAGUGAAUAGCAAUUCGAUAGUCAUAAAAGUAUCAUUUUACUAAUUGGUUUAACGGUUAAUGUCUGUAAGGCUGAUUGGCAUGGGAAUGUCAUUGUCUCAUUUGUACCACAUUGGAAGCUUGAUUCAGCAGAAUCUACAGGAGAAUGACGUGUUCAACAUCUUUCCUGCGUUGGAUGACUUAAUGUGCAAUUAUGUAAUAACUCAAUCUUUGUUUGCUGCUUGCAUUUCAUUUGGAUAACAAUUUUAAAAAAAAAUCAAUUAUUACUUCUUUACUUAUUGAAAAUGUAUUCAUUGGAAAGGGCUAUUUUAAGAAACAGUUGACGAAGAGCUUCAGCUUAAAAAUAUAAAAUGGAGAACACACAUCUGCAAUAAAAAGUUGGUCCCAGUUCAUAUUUGUAUGUCAUAUUUGGGAGAGUUAGUAAUUUAAUCAACGUAAAAUAUGGAACUUUAAUAAGCAUCAAUACGCACACAACAUGGAACGAUAUAUACGGUGAUUUGUUGAUAAAACUUCAAACGCUCACAACAAUGUUAAAGUUAUAUAUAAGUUUCCAUUUAUUUAAAAAUAAAAUCACAUUAUUUAAAUUUGAUAAAUUAUUGUAGUAAUAACCUUUAUUGGUUCGUCGACAAAUUUUGGCAUCGUGGCAGGUAUCCAAGUAAUAACCUUUAUUGGUUCGUCGACCAGUUUUGGCAUCGUGGCAGGUAUCCAAGUAAUAACCUUUAUUGGUUCGUCGACCAAUUUUGGCAUCGUGGCAGGUAUCCAAAAAAAUUAUUUGAGUAUCAAAAAUGUGGAGAGACAGUAGAGACAUAAAAGUACUUAGGUGUCACCAUUAAUAAUGAGCUAACAUGGCAAGAGCACGGUUAAAAGCUGUGAAAUGAAUGCAACUUAAGACUUUUCUACCUUAAAAACUGUGCAAUUUCGGCGUAAACAAAGAAUUUAUUCUACAGUGAAACAAUUGGAAGAGUGCUUAAUUUCAGUAUUACCUGAAAGCUAGAAACGUAACACAAAAUAAACAUCCUUCACUUUAUGAACUAUUUGAAAAAAAAUGUUAUCUUAUAACUAGACACAUUUGUGAUGACUCAUCACAGAUACUUAGGAUCAGCCUAUUCGGGACGAAUUAUUUUCAUCAGGGCGAGAACUGAAAGAUAUAAAAAUUAGUUUGUCACAAAAUCUAUUUGAGAACAAAUCAACUCCCUGUUAUGACUAAGGUAGUUCACUGAAUGGCUGUUUUUUUUAAUCUAGAAAAAUAAUUUAAUGUAGAUGUCUGGUGUUUAAAUUGUUUUAGUGGGAAAAUAUGGACUUCAUUAAAAAUAAAAUAUGUAUUUAUGUAUGUGGUAAAAAUGUAUAUUUUCAAUGUACGUUGUAAAAAAAACAUGUCCAUAUGUUUUUGGAUCAAUAAAAGAAUCUCAUCUUAUCUUAUCUUAUCUUAUCUUUUCUUAUCUUAUCUAAUAAAGCCAUUAUGUUACCUCUCUACUCACCAGGUUCAUGGCUGCUUCCUUCACCGUCUGCACGAGAUUUGACCCAAGGAACACUUUACUCGACUGCAAUGAGCUGCAAUGGAAAAGCUGAGUCGUUUACCUACGCAGCUGAUAAUGGUGUUAUGUGUGCAUGGCUGUCGCCUCGUAGACUGAACUACAUUAGCGCACGGGAGGAUUGUAUAGGCAAGUUUGAUUUUUUGCUUUAGAGAAGUGCUUUUCUAAUUAGAUGGAGUACAAUAAGAAGCUUUUCGAGUGGAAGAUUUACGGGAAGCUUAAAAAAAACAAACAACAUACGAUACAUUAUUUUGUACUUAAAAGUGUUGUAAAAAAUGGAGUCGCCCCAUUACUGUACAUUUUAGAACUUACUAGUUGAUUACCCGUGUUUGAAGGGAUUACAACUUUUUAAGAAAUGCAUCCUCUUGUAGUUUUCCUUCAAGGAUUCAGCAAGAGCAGAAGAAGAAAUUGAAAGCAGAAACUGUUUUUCUUUUUAUGAUUGUCUUUUUAAAUUUGGAUCUCAGUUUGGGGGGGGGGGUUGAUGCUGAUACUGUAACCCUCAUCUCCAUGGGCGGACCAUACGAAGAUAACAGAGGAAAGCAUGGUAAGCACGAUGAGUUUCUCUAAUCCGCAUCAAAUAAAUGGAUUUUUGUGAAGAAAAAUGUCUGGAUGUUCGGACUCCUGCCCCAUUUACCAAAGCCACCUGGCUUGUUGUUGGGGCGUUAUAUCGAACCCUAUUUUACAAAAAAAUCCUUACACUCAAUGCAAUUAUCAUUUUUUAAUUAAUGAGACACAAUUUGUGCAAAAAAAAUAUGUUUAAGCUUUCAUAAUAGGCUUAGUGAAUAUUGAUUCCAUCUCUAUUUUUUUUUGUUUUUUUUAAUUUUUUUUUUAAAACAGCUUUUCCUAGAAUAUUAAAUCUCAAGUUACCUAGUAGGUUUUUUAAAUGAUGUCAUCAUUUGUGUCGUAAUUCUUAUUUUAAUACAUCUUGUUUUUAUGCUUAAUUGACAUUGAGUUUGAACCACGUUAAAAUUUCCCCAGUAACUUUAUUUUGACCAGUGACAGACUGUGAUAAUGAUAACGUGAUCUGCACGUCCACUCAGUAUAAAAUAAUAUAUAUAGCAAAUACACAUAUGCAAAAGAAAAAGACCCCAGAUUGCAAUAUAAACAUCGGUCAUCUACUUUUAGCAGAUCCUUUUUGCCGCCAGCUUAACUCGAUCACCCUAGGCACUGCGAUGCGAAUAGUUAUUGUAUUCAUUAUAUAUGCAGUAUGAUUGUUUUUAAUAUUAAAAUAUUGUAUUGUAUGAUUUCGAGACGAUAUUGUAUACUUUUGGGAGUUCAAGGUUAAACAGGUCUGCAAUAAAUUAGAAAACGUAGAUACAAUAAUUUAAAAUAGAUUUAUUGUAAAUUUAAGGCACACAGCAGCCACGAAGUCAUCGCACGUGUGAAAUUCUCCUAGUUUACUAAACAUAAUUUUAAAUUUUAUCACGCCUUCUUUUCCAUACGUUUUGUGAAGCAAAUUCAAGUACCGUCGGUGGGCCGGAUGAACUGCCGUCGGCGGGCCGGAUGACGUCGCGGUCCGUAGUUUGGUGUUCCCUGCUCUACAGAAUAAUAAGCGAAAUCAUGAAAGCAGGAAUAAUAUAUUAACAUUUUUAGUGUCCCUGUGUGAUAUUAUGCUUUUAUAUACUUAAAAGAAUAAUUCUGUUGCUUUCAUUCAAAACAAAUAGAUAAUUUUACGACACAAAAACCUCACAAAAUUCAAAGCAACAAAAAAUAUAUCAUUUAAUCUUGAACCAAAACACUUCACUGAAAGAUGCAAACAUUCUAAAUCAUACAACGAAAUAAAACACACGAACCAAAUCCUUAAUAAUAGCCAUGUUUUGGACAUUGGUCAUUUUUGGCCACAUGAAAGCUGAUUUUUAAAAAGAAAACAAGUCAUUGCACGCAUAGCAUUUACAAGGAAUUACUAUGGAAAAAAUCAACUUCAUAAGGGGUCUGGUUGUUCUUGAGAUCUCGUGAUCUUUCAGUGGGUCAUUUAGCGUCAUUUGGGUAUAUAUAUAUACAUAUAUAUAUAUACAGAGAGAGCGAGAGAGAGAGAGAGAGAGAGAGAGAGAGAGAGAGAGAGAGAGAGAGAGAGAGAGAGACUCUCUCUCUCUCUCUCUCUCUCUCUCUCUCUCUCUCUCUCUCUCUCUCUGAGAGAGAGAGAGAGAGAGAGAGAGAGAAAGAGAGAGACAAAAUAAGAAAUGUCGUUAACGGAAUAAGGGGUCGGUUUAAGAUUUUUUUCAAAAGUUACUUAUUACCAGGUGAACGUUUUCUUGUGUUUUACUUUGAAUGAAGGUAGCAACAAAAUUCACACGUCAUUUAUUGAGGACAAAUAAAACUUUAGUUUUAUUAGGCACAGUUUUGUAUGUGGGAAUCUGUUCGCGCAUUUGUUUAGCACACCUUUAUAAAAUUGACGCCUCUUCUUUCACUAAAGUAAAACGUAUCUAAUUGUGUAUCGCACACAAACAUGUGUUUGCUUUGAGAAGUGGUCAAUUUUGAAAAUUACCUUUGGGUUUACCAGCGAACCAGGCCCGAUUGUAUACGAUCCGGACUGACGAGAAGCUGGAACUGUUGCUGAGGCACUACCCCCCUGACAGAGAUCAAUACCAUCAAGACAAAGAUCGCUACUGGAUCGGACUCGAUGAUCUGGAAAAUGAAGGACUGUUUAUAUGGGCUGACGGAACAGCUCUAGCAGAUGAAUGGAAAGCUCGCGUGUUUCAUCCAGGUAAUAAGGACACACAUAUGUUGUUUGUUUUUUUUUUACCUUUAAACCAAAGCCAGAAUUCAAGGUAGUAUUUUUUUGGGACGUAAGCCACAUGAUUGCCAAAAUGAGAUUGGAUUAACGCGAUGUUUAAAAUCAUAUUUCGGAAACUAUUGUCCGUUCUCUUUUCAUGAGUUAGGAAUGCUAAAUUUUGCUGUUGAUAUCUUUGGUCUAAAACCUUAAAUUCCUUUGUUUGGAAACACUAGAAUCAGACACCUUACUUUCAAUACUUACUUUUGUAACCCAAUUCACAUUGGCUGAGUGAAUUAAUCACUCAUUAGAGACUGGUGCCCACCAUAUAACAGAUAAUAGAAUCUAGAUUAUACUCUAGAUUUUUCUAUAUUAUCAAAAUAACAUAUUGUAAAAUAGAUUCAAGAUCAGCUAUAUUGUUCAUACUAAAUUACAUUGUUUUCGAUCUAUUCUUUUUUUUCGAUAUCCUUUAUUAAUGUAUAUUCUGUUGUGUAUUUCUCGAUCUAGAAAAAUUUGCUUUUUUCACUUUGCACUGAAAAUACCUUUCAAUUAUAGAUCAAUGAAAUGAAAUAUAAAAUCAAAAAUAUUCUUUGAAGUACAGAUUCCCAUUCAUUUUGAGUAAAGACUUCAUUUUGUAGAAGGAAAGUUGGCCCGACAGCCCAUUUUGUAGAAGGAAAGUGGCCCGACAGCCCAUUUUAUAGAAGCAAUUUAAAACGUGGGCCCAUCUGGUAGCAUCUGUAAUUACAGAAUGAAUACAACGUAUCGAAUUUUUAAAUGCAAUUUAUAAAAAAUUCAAAUUUUAUGCAUACCCCAUUUAAAAAUUAAAAUUAUUCAAACAACUUUUUAGUGUAUGCUUACUGUUUCAAUAUGCGAUCCAACAGAAAUGAUGGCUCUAGCAUCUAUAAUUAACGGCCGUAAUGUUUUUAUUUCAACCACGUUUCAGGCCAGCCUGAUGACCAUUUAGGCGUCGAGGACUGUGUGAUUUACAAUGCCAGCUUCGGACCACUCAAUGACAUCCCUUGCAAUGACUCCUGGCAGUACAUUUGCGAAACGGAAACUUCUGCCUAGGGGCUGCCGUGAAGACUUGAGAAUCACGAGCAAAUGGCUAACAGCCCGUGUGGAGAAAUUUAAAUUAUGUGUAC